AACAAAAAAUAAUAAAAAAUUUGAUGCAAAGUCCAGCAGAUGGGGAAGAUAUAUCUGUCCUUCCUAUAGUUGGAAUUGGAGGUCUUGGAAAGACUGCCCUUGCAAAGUUGGUGUUCAAUGAUGAAUGUGUCGAUAGGCAUUUUGAGUUGAAAAUGUGGGUGUGUGUUUCAAAUGAUUUUGAUUUGAAACGGUUAAUGAUAAAAAUGAUUAAAGCUGGAAAGGGGGUCAAUGGAGAUUGUAGUAACAUGGAUUUAGACCAAUUACAGAGGGUCUUACGAGAUUGUUUAGAUGGGAAAAAAUAUUUACUCAUUUUGGAUGAUGUAUGGAACGAGGAUUAUGUGAAGUGGAACGAAUUGAAACAGCUGUUAGUGGAAGGAGAUAGGGAAAGCAAAAUUGUAGUCACCACUCGCAGUAACCAAAUUGCAGAGAUCAUGGGCACAAUUCCGAGACACAAUUUGCAAGGUCUUCCUGAAAAGGAAUCUUUGUCUUUGUUUCUCCACUUUGCAUUCAAGAAAAGGGAAGUGAAUCAAUGUCCAAACCUAGUGAAAAUUGUGGAAGAGAUAGCUAAAAAAUGCAAUGGAGUUCCUUUGGUUUUGAAGACACUUGGGAGUCUGCUUCUCUCCAAAACUUCAGAGCAUGAUUGGAAACUUGUGAGAGACAGUGAGAUGUGGAAAUUAGUGGAAAAGGAAAAUAACAUUUUUCCUGUUUUGAAAUUGAGUUAUGAUGAAUUGUCUCCACAUCUUAAACAAUGUUUUGCAUUAUUUUCAGUCUUUCCAAAGGAUUAUCAAUUUUCUAAUGUGGAGUUGAUCCAAUUUUGGAUGGCUCAAGGUUUGCUUCAACCUUCCAAAGAAAAUGAUGAUGAAGACCUAGAAGAUAUUGGUAGGCGUUACUUGAGUGAUCUAUCAUCAAGAUCUUUUUUCCAAGAUUUUGAUAAAAUUAUUUCUUUUAAUUUUUUUAAAAUGCAUGAUCUUCUCCAUGAUCUUGCAAUAACAGUGGCAAAGAAUGAGUGUUGCAUAGUAAACUCUUCCAAACAAAAUAUUCCCAAAGGGGUUCGACAUUUGUGCAUUGACAACAUGGAUUUUCUUGAAGAAAACCCUUUUGGGUUCCUUGAUAAUGAUAAGUUAUACCAGCUACGCACAUUUUGCUUCAGACAUGUGAAAGAGGGUACUACCAGUGAAUCCUUCAUUAGAAAAAGUCUUUCAAGGUUCCAAAAAUUGCGAGUGCUAGUUCUGUCUAGAUCUAGUUUCGAGGUAUUGCCGGAAAAUAUUGGUAGUUUGAAGCAUUUAAGGUAUCUUGACCUAAGAGGCUGUUCCAAUGUCAAGAAACUUCUGAAUUCCAUAUGUAAGUUGCAGAGUUUGGAAACUCUACUCACCCAUUUCAUGGGAAUUGAAGUGUUGCCCAAAGAUAUGAGAUACAUGAUCGGUCUCAGAAUAUUAUCAUUAAGUACAAAACAGAGGGUUCUAUCUGAUAAUGGAUUUGAGCACUUGAAAUCUCUUCGGUUUUUGUCACUUGAUUCCUGUGAAAAUUUAGAAUAUUUGUUCGAAGGGUUUCAAAACCUCACAUCCCUUAAUACAUUGAGGAUUGUAAGUUGCAAAAAUUUGAUCACACUCCCGCAUGGUUUGAAAUCAUCAACCGCAUUAAAACAUCUGAUAAUUAGGGAUUGUGAAAAGCUUGAUCUUAAUAUUACAGUGGGAUUCAAAGGGAAAGAAAAAGAAAAUGACAAUAAUCAAGCAUACUUUGUUGGCAGUGGGUUACGCCUUCAAACGUUGGGCAUUACAAGGUUACCAAAGUUGGAGGCACUACCCCAAUGGCUUCUUGUGGGAUCUGCCAACACCUUGCAAUUCUUGGCACUUAAGGAAUGUAAGAAUCUCACAACUUUACCAGAUCCGGGGUGGCAGAAUCUUGCAUCCCUUGAAUGGAUUUUCAUUGCUGAUUGCCCUAACUUGCCAUCGCUGCCAGAGCGGAUGCCGUGCCUCACACUUGAGAAUUGAAAGAUGUUUGAUUAUGAGCCAAAGGUGCAAACCAGAAAUCGGUGACGAUUGGGCCAAGAUUGCUCAUGUCUCUAACAUAAGGAUUGAUGGCAAUGAAAUCUCAUCAUCAAACAAAUGAUCAGGCUGAUGGUUUGCUAGGUCAUUGGAUUCGGCUUUCUCUCCAUGGCUGUACUAAGUUAUGUACUCCGUAAAGUUGAGUCUAGGGAGUUCCCAUCUUGCCACGUGUCGUGGUUUUUUGGGUUGUGUUGUAAUGUGGCUGGUUGUUGUGGUAUGACCUUUUUCUAUAACAGAGAUAGUUGCGAAUUGAAAAAGGGUCUCCAUGUUAGG